CUUUUUUUCUUUUUUCUUUGGAGGAACUUGAAGAAGUUGCAUCGGAACUACGUGAUGAAAAGUAAGAACCCUUGCAUGCCGAGUUAGAAAGUUUGAAAGCCAGCAGCGUUGCCGUUCGGGGACAAUGGGGCUCCCCACUUUGGAGUUCAGCGACUCUUUCCUGGACAGCCCGGACUUCAGAGAGCGUCUCAAAUGCCAUGAGAUUGAGCUGGAGCGGACGAAUAAAUUCAUCAAGGAUCUCAUCAAGGAUGGGAAUAUGCUUAUCAGUGCGCUCAAGAAUCUCUCCGCUGCCGUACAGAAGUUUUCCCAGUCCCUGCAGGAGUUCCAGUUUGAGUGCAUAGGUGAUGCAGAGACAGAUGAUGAGGUCAACAUUGCUCAGUCUUUCAAAGAGUUCUCCCAGCUGCUGAACACGGUCGAAGAGGAAAGAAGACGCUUGAUUCAGAAUGCGGACGACGUUCUGAUUACACCGUUGGAAAAGUUUCGGAAGGAGCAAAUCGGCGCAGCGAAGGAGGGGAAGAAGAAAUUCGAUAAGGAAACAGAGAAAUACUACUCCACGCUCGAGAGGCACCUCAACUUGUCAUCCAAAAAGAAGGAGGCGUAUCUGCAGGAGGCUGACACGCAGAUUGAUAAGGAGAGGCAACUCUUUUAUGACGCAUCCCUGGAGUAUGUCUUCAAAAUACAAGAAGUGCAGGAAAAGAAGAAAUUUGAGUUUGUGGAGCCUCUCCUGGCCUUUCUUCAGGGUCUGUUUACGUUCUACCAUGAAGGAUACGAGCUGGCUCACGAAUUUGAGCCGUACAAACAGCAGCUCCAGUUCAACCUACAGAACACGCGAAACAACUUUGUGAGCACCAAGCAGGAAGUGGAGAAGCUGAUGAAGAGGAUAAGGUCUGCAGAUCAGGACUAUAAACCCCCCGGCCAGUGGACGAUGGAAGGCUUCCUGUAUGUCCAGGAGAAACGUCCCCUGGGAUGCACUUGGACACGUCACUACUGCACAUACGAGAAGGGCAGCAAGUCCUUCACCAUGAGCAACACUGAAACUAAGUCGGCUGGAAAACAGAACGGUCUCGUCCUGAAUCAGCCAGAGAUGUUCAAGCUCAAGUCCUGCAUUCGGAGGAAAACAGACUCCAUCGACAAACGCUUCUGCUUUGACAUUGAAGUGGUGGAGAGAAAUGACAUCUAUCGUGGAACACUUUUCAGACCGCUUCAGUUUUUCUGUAAAGUCCGGCAUGGCGUUAUGACACUGCAGGCACUGUCAGAGUCCAACAGAAGGCUGUGGCUGGAAGCCAUGGAUGGCAAAGAGCCGAUUUACAACCUACCAGCCAUAUUAAGCAAAAAGGAAGAGACGUUCCUUAAUGAGGCAGGCUUUAACUUCGUAAGGAAAUGCAUUGACCUGGUCGAGAUGAGAGGCAUAAACACAAUGGGACUGUACAGGAUUGGAGGGGUAAACUCCAAAGUGCAGAAGCUGAUGACGACUGUCUUUUCAUCCAAGGCACCUGUGGAUAUGGACCUGGAUCCAGAGACGUGGGACAACAAAACCAUCACCAGCGGUCUGAAGAAUUACCUCAGGUGUCUCUCCGAGCCUCUGAUGACUUUCAAGCUCCACAAAGAUUUCAUCAUGGCCGUCAAGUCAGACGACCAGAACUACAGGGUGUGUGCUGUCCACGCUUUGGUUCAUAAGCUGCCAGAGAGGAACAAGGAAAUGCUGGAGCUGCUAAUAAAGCACCUUGUCACAGUCUCCACACAGAAUAAGUUCAACCUGAUGACCGUGUCCAACCUGGGCGUCAUCUUCGGCCCCACUCUGAUGCGCUCACAGGAGGAGACCGUGGCCGCCAUGAUGAACAUCAAGUUCCAGAACAUCGUGGUGGAAAUACUUAUCGAGAACUUUAACAAGAUCUUCCACCAGCCUCCAGACCCCAAUGUGCCUCUGCCACAACCCCAGAGCCGGCCAGGCUCUCGCAGGAGCAGAGCCAUCUGUCUGUCCACGGGGCCCCGAAAACCCCGCAGCCUCUACACCCCAACGCUGUGCCUGGCAGAUGCAGAAAGUCCCUGUAUAGGUGACACUUUCAGCAGCAGUCCAAGCAGCACACCCAUGGGCAGCAUGGAGUCUUUGUCGUCCCACUCCUCUGAGCAGAAUACCUCCUCCAAAGCAGCUUCCUCUGCACAGAGGACAGGUCAGGACAAGUCGCUGCUGGACCUCUGCCGGGCGCCGUCACAGCUCUCGAAUGGCCCCAGGAGCACCGUGUGUGUCAGCAGCCCCGAGUCCAGCUCCAGGGAGGACACGGGCCGUACAGAUGGAGAGUCGGAGGACGCCCUCAGCCUGUCGUCGGUCAGCACGACGCCGAGGCUGUCCCCCGCACCCAAGAAAGCCCCGCACUGCCGCCCUGACCUCAGGCCGCUGCCUCUGAACCGCUCCAGUGCUCCCUCUCUGAAAUCACUGCAUAUAUCUGAAGGCCGCAGGAGCUGCUCGGGAUCCGUCCAGAGUUUAUCGAUGCUGGACUCCAAAGAGAGUUUAAAGCCUGCUGAGCACCCGGACCUUCCCCCGAAACAAGUGAUCCGCCGCAGGAUGGACACGUCAGUCAGCAACGGCUACCAGAGACCUGGCUCAGUGGUUGCUGCCAGAGCACUGCUUUUUGAAAAUGCCUCCUCUCAGCAUCCCGCUCCCGUCGGAAGAGACGCCAAGGCGAUGUACUCCUGUGAAGCAGAGCACAGCCACGAGCUCAGCUUCCCCCAGGGGGCGCACUUCUCAAACGUCUACCCCUCUAUUGAACCAGGCUGGCUCCAAGCAACAUACGAGGGCAGAACGGGGUUAAUCCCUGAGAAUUAUGUCGUCUUCCUCUAACUGGUGGUAAACUUCUUUUUCAUGGUAUCCAUGGAAAAAACAAAUAAUAAUAAUAAUAUUAGACCAUGUGGUUACUUGUCGUGAUGUUACUAUUGUUGCUAGUAACUGCCAUUUCUGCAUUUUGUUCAUUUUUAAAUCCGAGCAGCAAUUGCUUCAUCAGCGCUAGCAGCCUAAAGAUAUACCUCCCUUCAUGUAGUGACUAUAUAGUUCAAUGUUUCUGGGGAAUAUGCUCAGAAUAAAUAAGUAUAAUGUUAUUGUUAGGUGUAAAUGUAUAACCCGUGGACUGCACUGAUGUUUUUAGUACCAGUAUUAGCCUACAGAAUCACAGAAACAAUCAUAUCCCAUUUCACACAUUUUAUUCUCAGAAAUAUAUAUCCUUUUAACGUCCAUCUAUAUCAACAUAAAACCUUCAUCAAGUUGUUAAUGUUGUCUCAUAAACAUUUCUUUUUUUAUUACCUGUAAUUGAACAAGCUGUGAUUUAAAAUAAGCAAAAUAUUCUAGUCUAUUAGAAUCUAAUAGAAAAAAAAGCAUAAAUGGUUUGCACCUUUUUUGUUUGUUUUGUUUAUGGACGUCGUUCAUUCACUGAACCUGCUCACUGCUGCAGUGCACUUUCUGUUUAGCUACACGGUACUGUACUGUACAAUAAUGCGCAUAGGUUUUUUUUUUCUAUAAUUGCUCAUCAAAAAUAUUUACUUCCAAUUACGGUUCGUUACUGUACACUGUCACAUCAAAUAUAUGUCACAUGUAAAAAUGAGUUUUUACUGUUUUAAUUGAAAUGUUAGUGAAACGGAGCCUUUACAUUUAAUAUCUGUUGUGGUACUGUACUUGCUGGUGCACUGGUGUACUAGUAAUUACAGCUAGACAAAUAUCAGUUUAUAUUAUGUUAAAAAUGCCAUUUAAUAGUUUUUUUUCUAUUUCCCUCACAACAUUCCCAAAAUACAGAGUCCAUAAUUAUGUAAAACUUAGGAAAAAAGACAAAAGAAAGAAAAUAAUCAGCAACCCUUACACUCGUCAGUUAAUACAAACUGACAGAUUAUUCCAAAGUAAAACUUUCUCCGUUUGCCCAAAAUAUAUUUGGGAGGCUAUCUGAGAUCUGGCUCUGGCCAAGAUCAGGAUGUUCUCUUCCAUUUACAUCUCUAAGAAUGUGAGAUGGCCUUGAACAGUGAAGCUGGACUGAUACUCCCUUUCCAGUCUGGAUUUACUGGGGCAUAACACAGAAGUGAUAUUUAUAUCCUGAAUAGCAUUCGACGUUCUUUUUUGUUUUUAUGCAUUGGAAGUUUGCUCCCUUGAAAUCAUCUACUGUAUCUUGACCGAGCAUAAACAUGUCUAUAAAUAAACUGUGCGAUUUAUUA